CCGAGAAGCACCACCGACGAUUCCUGGAUCUCCUUUGGGUGGAGGCGAAGGGUCUUGCGUGGAGGAGGAACUCAAGUGGCGGCGGGGAGGCAAGCAGGAACGCCAGCGGGCCAGGGCCGGAGCUGAGCCGGGGUCAGGGCAACAGCGGGGACCCUCGGAGGCGGGGCCAGUGGGACCGCGAUGGGCGUGGAGAUCGAGACCAUCUCUCCGGGAGACGGAAGGACAUUCCCCAAGAAGGGCCAGACGUGUGUGGUGCACUACACAGGAAUGCUCCAAAAUGGAAAGAAAUUCGAUUCAUCCAGAGACAGAAACAAACCUUUCAAGUUCAGAAUUGGCAAACAGGAAGUCAUCAAAGGUUUUGAAGAGGGUGCAGCCCAGAUGAGCUUGGGGCAGAGGGCGAAGCUGACCUGCACCCCUGAUGUGGCGUAUGGAGCCACGGGCCACCCUGGUGUCAUCCCUCCCAAUGCCACCCUCAUCUUUGACGUGGAGCUGCUCAACUUAGAGUGAAGGCAGGAACUCAAGGUGGCUGGAGACGGCUGCUGCUCACCCUCCUAGCCUGCUCUGCCACUGGGACGGCUCCUCCUGCUUGGGGCUCUUGAUCAGUGUGCUAACCUCACUGCCCCACAGCAUUAUCCAUUCUCUCAGCCCAAGGCUCUGUAUGUGUUCCAUCAUUGUCCACGCACAUCUUUGCUUGAGGAAACUUUGGUUGCAGAUUGAAAUGUUUCAGGUUGUGCAUUUUGCGUGAUGCAUGUAGUAGCCAUUCUGAUCACAGAACACAGAUUUCUUGUUCGCACAAUCUACACUGCCUUACCUUUACUUAAGCCAGACACACAAGGUGCUCAGACAUGAAAUGUACUUGGUGUACACAGAGGGACUUGAGCCAGUUACCUUUGCCGUCACUUUCUCUCUCGGAAAUUCUGCUGACUUAAACAAUGUCCUCUUUGGAAAUGAUAUGUAAAAUAAAGGCUCUAUGCUUGACAAA